GAAGCAGGUGAUAUUUAAGCUCCGACAUGCCGAGCUCUUCUCGUGUGCGUGCGAACGUGAAUGUGUUGUCCUCGUGUUCUGCCUCUUGGGAAUAGUCGGCUUUCAUUUAAUGCAGUAAUUAUUGUCCGGAACUUGAAGAGUUUAGGUUCGGCCCGAUGAGUGACGAACGGAAUUCGUUCGCCUCGAAAUCCGAUAGACUUUGAGCUACCAAGAAAAGUAUUUAUGAGUGUACCGAAGCGAGAUUAUGAUUGUGACGCGAAUAAAUAGCAUCCCUCGAUAAUUUACGUAACUUUGAGGUUAGGGAUGACGAGGAGAUCGGAAGGGAUGAAAAAACAAGUGUAGACUCGGCAUAAUGUUUCUCAACGGUUUUUAAUUUGCAGUCAUCGAGAUUGAAAACGCGUGCCAGCACAUCGUGGCCGUUUCCACCCGAAUGAUAAAUUGCUGUGAAAAUGUCACACCCAGCGAUAUUGAUUGCGAGCACAUCCAAUUGAUCGGUGGUGAUAUGGGGAUAAUAAAACCUCGGGAAAUAAGGAAUCUAACGCUGAUAUGGCCAAGUCUCUACCUUCACAAUCGUAAGGGCGAAUGCAACAUUGCGAUCAACGCAUGUAAAAACAAUCAGACUGACGAAGUUCAAGCAAAAGUGCAGUUCGACACGACGAUUUUUCACUACAAAGUUCCUGCGGUUCUCGAAGGUAAACGCUUCGUCGCGAAACCCAUUUUAUUUGACGUCAGUGGUGUAAAAAAACUAAUAAAAUGAAGUGAAUAAACGAAAAACUGGUGAGAAACACAAGCCCCGCGAUUAUUUCGCCAUCCUAGGAUACUACCAGCUCAUGAACGUCAAGAAAUGUCCGAGCGUCGAUCUCGACCCGCUCGAUCACUGUCGACCCAUAAACUGUCACGUCAAGUACAAUGGAAAAAGGAAUUUCUACAAUAGGAAGUUGCAGCGUUGCCAACCAGUGCCAAUUUGCAUCGCGGACUCGCGCAAGGAUCUCCCAGACGUUCUUAAAACCACCGCAAAAAGAUGGCGUGACGAAAUCCAACCCGAGCAAACGUCAUCGCGAGAGAUUAAACGCGGAGCUUGACACGCUCGCGUCGCUGCUUCCAUUCGAACAGAAUAUCCUGAGCAAACUCGACCGCCUGAGCAUCUUGAGGCUCAGUGUCAGUUACCUGAGAACCAAGAGCUACUUCCAAGUUGUGAUGCACAAAGACAAGGAGGACAAUUCUCAUCACGAUUCGCACUACCGAGCCCGGGAGUUGGCCGCACUCGCUGCUUACGAUCACCACCACCUCGACGGAGAAAUGUUUUUACAGGCACUGAACGGGUUCCUAUUAAUACUGACCUGCGACGGGGAGGUUUUCUUCGCUACCCACAGUAUAGAGAGCUACCUUGGCUUCCAUCAGUCCGACAUCGUUCAUCAAAGUGUCUACGAGUUGGUGCACAGCGAGGAUCGCGAAGAGCUUCAACGACAGCUGAUGUGGAACAGCUUUCUACCUGCCGAAAGUGCGAAUCUUCCGCUUCACGACGCCCUCACGGUACAGCACGGUCACCUACUCGAGCGCAGCUUCACCGUCCGCUUCCGUUGUCUGCUAGACAACACUUCCGGUUUUCUGAGAUUGGACAUCAGGGGUAGAGUAAAAGUGCUUCACGGCCAGAACAGAAAAACCGAAGACCCACCGCUGGCUUUGUUCGCCCUCUGCACACCGUUCGGUCCGCCCUCGUUGCUGGAAGUUCCCCAAAAAGAAGUAAUGUUCAAGAGCAAGCACAAGCUGGAUUUGGCACUAGUCUCGAUGGAUCAGCGUGGCAAAAUGUUGCUCGGUUACGCUGACGCCGAACUCGCCAAUCUCGGUGGCUACGAUCUCGUACAUUACGACGACCUUGCUUACGUCGCGAGUGCUCAUCAAGAACUUUUGAAAACUGGAGCCUCGGGUAUGAUAGCCUAUAGGUACCAAAUGAAAGAUGGCGGAUGGCAGUGGUUGCAGACGAGCUCUCGCCUCGUUUACAAAAAUUCCAAGCCAGAUUUCGUAAUCAGCACGCACAGACCAUUGAUGGAGGAAGAAGGCCGUGACCUGUUGGGUAAGAGAACGAUGGAUUUCAAAGUGUCGUACCUGGACGCGGGUUUGACGAACAGUUAUUUUUCGGACAACGAGAGUUUGACAGGUUCGUCGAUAACGCCGACGUUGCCAGCGCAGCCGGCGCCGCAGCGUGUCAACAGGCGCUACAAGACGCAGUUGCGUGAUUUUUUGUCGACGUGUAGGAGCAAGAGGACGAAGAUGUCGACGCAAUCGCCGGCGUCACCGCCGGCGGCACCAACGGUGGCGUCGGUGGAUUAUUUGACAGCGGCGGACAGCAGCGCCGCGGCAGCGGUGGCGGCGGCUUACAGUAACCUGAAUACGAUGUACCCGACGCCGUACGCGCCGGCGGCGGUGGCGGCAACGACGGACCCGUCUCUGACGACGUACAUCGGGCACACGGGAAAUUACCACCAAACAUUGUACCCGGGAACGGCGUUGGACAAUCGUUAUCUGACGGCGACUGAGAAUCUCUUUCAGUAUCGUCCGUUGGGCUCGUAUUAUCCCGAGUACCACACGACAACCGCUUACAACGGUUUUAUAGACGUGAGUUUGCCGACGUACGACACUCACCAGUUAGCGAGUAAGACCGAGGAGCGUUUGUACUGUCAGCAGUUGGCAGAAUCGCCGAAGUACAGUUACGUCGAUACGCGACAUCCGAACAGCGUCAGUGGCUCCCCCUACGCGUCUUCGCCGGUAACGGGCUCCGUGCCGCUCCAUCCAACCGGCGGAGACAUAAACGUCGUUCGCACCGGAAGCAGACACAGCCUCGAAGGCGCCUCGUCGAGCAACUCGGCCGGAAGCUCCCCCGUCACAACGGCUAAUGGCAUAAGAACCCCCAAGAUGGAAGACGUCAAGCCCGAGGUCUACGGGAGCGAAGUUCCCAGACAAACCGUCCUCAUGUGGGGCCCUCCGCCGUCCAGAACUCCUCCCAGAAACAACGGAAGCUACAGCCCUCCGACUCCGCACGCGACCCACCCUGGCAAUCCCGGUACAACUUCGAACGUCUCCAACGAUCCCCUCAAAUCACUCGCUGACAUGGGAUCCAUCAAUGGAGACUGCAACAAAUGGAAACAAACCUCGCCCACCGGACAAUCCAACGCUCCGAGCCCUUCGAAAAACAAAAAUCAGCAACAGCAGCACCAGCACCAGCAGCACCAACAGCAACAACAAUAUCCUGUGACCAGCUCACAUUACGGAACUGUGCCAACAACCGGUUAUUCACAAUCGCAUCACACUCAUCCAGGACACGGCGACAGUGUAGGCUCCGAGGUAUGGCAGGGAGUUCAACACCACCAUCACUACCAGUACUAUCCUUACCACCAUCACCACCCCGCACCACCAAGGCACACGCCCCACACGUCACCGUCGCCGGGGGGCACAGAGACGGGGUCGGGAAUAGUCAUGGGCAUGAACAUGGGCAUGGGCAUGGACAGCAGUCACAACAACAACAACAACAACAACAACACCAGCACCAACAACAACAACAACAACAACAACAGCAGCAGCAGCAGCAGCAACAACAGCACCAGCAGCAGCAACAGCAACAACAACAACAACAACAACGACAGCACCACCACCAACAACAACCACAGCAACAACAACAACAACAACAACAACAGCAGCAGCAGCAGCAACACCAACACCACCACCAGCGGCUUAUAUCAUCCGGCACACCAUCAUCAUCAUCACCAUCAUCUUCAUCACGGAACGGUGGGCUCGUCGGGAGUUGCAGUAAUGUCAUCUGCCCCACAGAUAACGAACCGGACGCCGGGAGUCCUCUGCUGUCCAUCUCUCAGGUGACCAACACCCUGCUCAACCAGUAGCUCGACGAACGUCAUAGAAACGCCAAUUCGUUUGGAGGAAAUAAAUCAUUAUCAUCACUAUCAUCAGAGCUAUCAUCAGCGGCGAGUCAUCGAUGUUCAACCGGUUGUUCUCACUUGCAACGAGCGAUGAUCCCAAAAUAUGUUAUUCGCUUCGAUUGAUUUGAGCUACGAACGAAGACGGCCGAAAUUUUGCUCGGAGAGCAAGUUCGUCUACGAGGCGGUUUUGCAUUAUAAAUGCCGCCGGGAUCGAGGCUCUUUUACCGACUGUCAUUAGCUCCUGCUCGCUGGAUCAACCGGUUUUUAUCGCACGGAGAAAAACCUUCGAUGCGAAAGGAUCAACUGUACCGGAGGCGAGAAUGUCCGGAGGAAAAGUUCUUGAGGAACUUUUCUCAAUUUUUCUGCCCCGGUGGAAACUGCGCUCUGAAAAAUUGAUGGUGGAUCGUGAAUUAAUAGGCAAUAUAGCCCAGGGGAAGCACAAAAAAUGAACAAAACGAGAAUUCUUUCCGUCACAUAAACUCGGACCUUAAAAGUUUUGAGUGCAAACGUUUUCUGAAUAUUGAUCAAUCGAGAUGCUCGAUUUUUUCAAGAAUUUGAUCGUGCUCAGCACACACUUUUCUUCAAGCCCCCUUCCUCGAUUAUCGCGAAUGAAAAUCCUUCAGAAGCGAGGACUCUCCUGCUCUCCUUUUCCUCUUUCUCUAGUUCUCAUUCCCCCCGUUCCUUCGCUGCCCAAGCCCCACCUUCCUUUAGUCCCAUUUUCAUUGUAUGAUAAUUAUGCUUGUUAUAAUUUUCUACAGGAAAGAAAACAUACGUAUUCUGUGAUAUGUGUUAAGUGAAUUGAAAAAACACAAUAAUCGUCAGAGACGUACAUCGAUUAUAUAUAUAUAUACGAUAUAAAUAAAACUAUAAUAAUUUAUUAGCGUGAAAAGCAAUAAAAGAAUCAAGUGAAUGCGAAUAGUUCGAUUGGAAAGGGUCGAAAAGUCGUGCGGGCGUUAUCGUAGGAUCGAGAUAAACUUAUUUUCGGUUCCAUUCGAUACGGUUGACGAGAAAAACGCGAGGUAUAGUAGAACAUUUAAGCGCAUCGGAUCGAGUCAUUGUUUUAUUGUUUUGUUUCAAUAUCGUUGAAUAAACGUGUAAGAUAUGCGAGCGAAAUAAAAAUGUCGAUUGGUGAGGUUGAUUUUGGCCGAUGAGAACCCAGUCUUGCCAAUAUUUUGUUAAUAAGUUUGUAAUUUUUGUACUUAAUUAAUUUAUACACUAUUUAUGCAUGUAACAAGUUGGGUUUUCAUGUGUUUUUUUUUCGGUCAAGAAGAAAAUGUUUUGUACGGACGAGCCUUCCAUGGGACGAGCCAAGAGGGUGGAAAACGAAUCGAAAUUCAUUUUCAUUGGCUGCUGAGUCGAGAGAGAAUAAAAUUUUAUCGAAGAUAAUUGGAAAAGUAGAUUGUAAGAAGCAUGAGAGCGACGAAUCAGGCUCACUUCAGUACUUCUCUCGGCGCCUCAUUUUAUUAUCUGUUUUAUAUUUGUUUAUUUUGCUCGUUUUCAAGCAGCAUUGCAAUUUUAAAAAAACUACUAUUAACGAUAAGAAAUCGAGUCUAGUCCAUGUAUAAUGCGAAUUUCGUAGAUACCACAUGCUUUCACUGUGACAAUGCCCUUCGCGUUUCCAAAAUAAAAAAUAUAAAAAAUGAGAAAGUGUUCAGCCACCAAGAUUUUAUGGUGUGAUCAGCCGCACGAGUAUUUUUUAGCUUUUUUCACGACUCAUGUGUGUAUGUGUGGGGGGCGACAAGUACGACGAUUAUUUCGUUCGGUCCAAACGCCCUAGUUAAAGUAAAUGAAAAUAAUAAUGAAUCAAGACGAGAGCAUACUUCCAAUGCGAUGACGUUUUCACAGUUUAAGCAUAAAUGUAUAUUUCUUUGUAUAUUCAUUAUAUCAAUAUAUAUAUAGCAAAAAGCUGUUAGUUAAGAAUUAAUCUGAUACCGUUUUUGUUUUUCUUGCGCUCUCUCUCUCUCUCUAUCUCUAUAUACAUAUUUCUCUCAAAAUAAUCAAUGGAAUCGAUCGAUAUUCCGGAAGAUAAAUGUUUCCCAAUUUUUUAACGAAUUUUCAAGCAUCACUUCCGAUUGUAAUAUUUGCUGCCUCUUGGAUACGAGGAUUGAUUUUUUAAAAAUAAGGAAAAAAGCAACGAUGUCAGUUCCUCCCAACCAAAUCCCUCAUCACAAUUGAAGAGUCCCGGAAUAAAAAAUACUUUUCACAUCGAAAUUUUGCACGAUUCAAACAAAAACGUAUUAAAUCGAAGUUUGUUUCAACAAUAGUUCAGUCGAAUGAAAAUUUCCGCGUAUUCCCACUGUCCAGGAGUUAUUGAAAAAUGAAUGAAAAAAAACGAAGAAAUUCCGGAGCUUUCGUUUCGAGGCUCAUCCGUCGUUGGUGCAGAAGUUGUAAAACGAGGCCGAUCCUGGGAGUGAAAAAUGUUUUUAUCUACUGCAAUUAUCCGUAAGAGAUCGUGCUAAAAAAAAAUCCUGCGCGAUUAUCUCCUCCGAAAAUCGAAUGUGUCGUGUCACUGUUACAUCGAAAUAUUUACGGUUAAACAGAUCAAUUAACAUAAAUCGAAUCAAAUGUAAAAUGAGGAAGAAACAGAAGCGCUCGUUCGUUGGUGUUUUACGACAUAUCAUUAAUAUCUUUAUCUUUCCAAUAAUUCCACAAAAGAUAUGACGAAAUGAUGAAAAGAAAAAAAAAUACAAAAAAAUAAAAUAAAAUAAAUAAAUAAGAAACGAAUCACUAUUCCUUAACUAAUUCACGCGAAUGUAUUUAUUUGAUACCCUUCAUAUUGUAUUUACAAUUUAGAUAAAGAAAAAUAAAUAAUAAUAUUGUAUCAUAUCAUGCCAAACCGUUAAAACGAAAAAUCUUGGUCAGUCGAUCCAAUUGUGUAUGUCCAGAAUAUUCGAUUCAUCAAUAAAAGAAAAAUAAAAAAACAAUUUCAUUGAAUAAAUACUGUACCGCUCUAAAUUUUAAGCUCUAUGAAGAAAAAAAACCAUACAAUUUAACGAACAAACAAAACUGUAUCAAAUGUUUAUAAAGAAAAACGAACAAACAAACAAUGCGAAAAAUAAAUUAUAAGAUAGAAAGAA